AUCAGAUGAUGAAGAUCGUGGAGGUUCUCGGCAUGCCCCCGAAACACCUGCUGGACGCCGCGCCAAAGACUCGCAAGUACUUUGAGAAGAUGUCGGAUGGAAGCUUCGUCUGUCGAAAAUCAAAAGACGGCAAGAAGUACAAGGUUGCGGGCUCCCGCAAGCUUCACGACGUGGUUGGCGUGGAGACGGGAGGACCCGGCGGGCGGCGCGCGGGCGAGGCCGGACACUCCGUCUCCGACUACCUCAAGUUCAAGGACUUGAUUCUUCGCAUGCUGGACUUUGAUCCGAAGACGCGGAUAUCUCCGUACUAUGCACUACAG